UCGCGCGCGGAGGGCGGCGCGCUACGCGCCUGCAGCUGCCUCUUUCGGAGCCCAUCAUCCGGGAGGCGUACAGCCAACGGCCGCCCACCAGCGAUGCUGUUGUCUAAGCUGCUUUUCAGACCUUGAUCAUGAUCAUAGACGGCACGAGUGGUGGGUUUGCAGGAAUGGCUGUUUGUGUAGUUGCUCACGGACGGUCGCAGUAGUGGAUCCGUUCAGCGACGAGCAGGCUUCCCCCACUGUUGAAGCCGAACCUCCGGAGUAGGUAUGCCUCUCGAGCAGCCUCGUCGAGGCGAUCAUCACGGCGAGUGUCUGUCGUGACUGUCUCUCAACCUCCGCGCUAUGUCCACAUCGAACGGCCGAACAUGCCCCUCACCUAUGAGUUCAUGUCAUGGAAUAUGAAGUCUAUGCUUCUUGUCCCGCCGCGUUCAGUAGACCCAGGUCGCGGGGCACUCUACUUCAUCUCCGUCGCGCUCAAUCUCAACCCCUUUGCCCCGCUAUCCUACGUGACGUCACUGUACCGGGGCUCAGAUACAGAAGGAGAGUUCGUCGGCGAGUUCGAGCUAGGAAUUACUCAUAGCCGUGCCACCGUCUCAAUUAGGAACCACUCAACCCGAUUGAAGAACGUUCUGAUUAGCGAUGCCCGCUCUCCCCAUCUGUUCACGUGGCGAUACGACACUGUCGAGCUCCGUUGGGACUGUCGCACUAAGCUGGAUGAUGGGUCGCGCAUGUGUAUCUGCUCGGAUGCAGCUUCCCAUCAGCUAGCGUCCUUCGUCCCACCACCUCUCGACGCGUCGCCACCCCUUCCAAACGCAACGUUGACUGUGUUCCCGGACGGUCACCGGCACCAGCUCUUCGACCAUAUAGUGCUCUCAGCGCUAGUCGUCGAGCGCAAAAUGACUCUCAUGCUCUGAUCCUGGUUUCAAAUGAGCCGUUUGUUGUAUAACUUAUUCUGAUGUGAUUAUUGUUGUUGUGGUGUAUCAAUCACUACUGGCUGGAGUUGUAUGCGUCGCAAACGAGAGAGGGUGUUUUGUCCGCGGAGGAACCCAGGGGGCCUCCUGAGUUACGCUCGCUACGCGUUCUCACUGAUUCGAUUAGGGAGAACGCACUGACGAUGUGUAGCUGCGGAAGCUCAGUGGUUGGGAGAUUCACAGCGCAGUAUGACAGGUGCCUUCAUCAUACGAGGUACAAUACGCGCACAGCACAGAGACUUUGCC